GCGCGCCCGUCGCUUCCUGCCGCCGCGCGGGCUCCGCGGCUCCCGCAGCGGUUGCUAUGGCGCCGGUCGCCGCCGGGACCGGAUGGCGGCUGCUGUUGGUGCUGGGCGCCGCCGGGCUUGCGGCCGUGGGCGCGCCCAAGCCCCCCAACAUCGUGCUCCUGCUUAUGGACGACAUGGGGUGGGGCGACCUGGGAGUAUAUGGAGAACCUUCCAGAGAGACCCCAAACUUGGACCGGAUGGCUGCAGAAGGGAUGCUUUUCCCAAACUUCUACUCAGCCAACCCGCUGUGCUCGCCAUCACGGGCAGCUCUGCUCACCGGACGCCUGCCCAUCCGCAGCGGCUUCUACACCACCAACGGGCACGCCAGAAACGCCUACACGCCGCAGGAGAUCGUGGGUGGCAUCCCGGCUGAGGAGCGCCUGCUGCCCGAGCUGCUGAAGGGGGCCGGCUACACCAACAAGAUCGUGGGCAAGUGGCAUCUGGGCCACAGGCCUCAGUUCCACCCCCUGAAGCGUGGAUUCGACGAGUGGUUCGGGUCCCCCAACUGUCACUUUGGACCAUAUGACAACAGGGCCAGGCCCAACAUCCCUGUGUACAGGGACUGGGAGAUGGUCGGCAGAUACUACGAGGAAUUCCCCAUCAAUCUGAAGACCGGGGAAGCCAACCUGACGCAGGUGUACACGCAGGAAGCGCUGGACUUCGUGCGGAGGCAGCACGCGGCUCGGCGCCCCUUCUUCCUGUACUGGGCCGUCGACGCCACCCACGCGCCCGUGUACGCAUCUCGGCCCUUCCUGGGCACCAGCCGGCGAGGGCGGUACGGGGACGCUGUCCGGGAGAUCGACGACAGUGUUGGGAAAAUCCUGAGCCUUCUCCGGAACCUGAGGAUCGCAGAGGACACGUUCGUUUUCUUCACCUCCGACAAUGGCGCUGCCCUCAUUUCUGCUCCUAAACAAGGCGGUAGCAACGGCCCGUUUCUGUGUGGGAAGCAGACCACGUUUGAAGGUGGGAUGCGGGAGCCUGCGAUCGCGUGGUGGCCCGGGCGAGUCCCUGAGGGCCAGGUGAGCCACCAGCUGGGCAGCAUCAUGGACCUGUUCACCACCAGCCUGUCCCUCGCGGGCCUGGCCCCGCCCAGCGACAGGGUGAUCGACGGCCUGGACCUGCUCCCUGCCAUGCUAUGGGGCCAGCUGACAGACAGGCCAAUAUUCUAUUACCGCGGCAACACGCUGAUGGCGGCCACCCUCGGCCAGUACAAGGCCCACUUCUGGACCUGGACCAAUUCUUGGGAGGAGUUCAGACAGGGCAUCGAUUUCUGCCCCGGGCAGAACGUCUCAGGAGUCACCACCCACACGCAGGAGGACCACACGGAGCUGCCCCUGAUCUUCCACCUGGGACGAGACCCCGGGGAAAGGUUCCCCCUAAGCAAACUGGCAUGCGUGGCCGGCCUCCUCAGGUGUUCCCAUCUGCCUGGUCUCUGUCCCUCCACCACGGGUCCAUGUGACACAGUUACGUGACCCCCGCCCUGAACAGCCUCUGCGUGUGGGGAGGACGAGCCCCUCCGUACCCGGCGGGCAGCACCAGCGUGAAAGAUCCACCCCGGGGCUCCUCCCAGCAAGGCUCUGGGGCGGGGCCUUGUGGUGCCAACCGGGACGCUUGAGACACUUCCAGGCCCUUUGCUCAGCUUAGAUCCCGGGGACUGUGGGAAGGAGACAGACGGGGCCCCACGCCUGCCCACACUAGAACCUCACACGUGGCCUUACUGGCAGCGGGGACUUCGUGGGGACAGUGAAGGCAAGGUCGGGGGGAGGUCAUCCUGGAUCAGGGUGGUCCUGCCUCCGGAGAGUAGCCCUGGGAGACAGAAGAAGGGACACACACGGGGGGAGAGGCCACAUGAAAUCGGAGGCAGAGAUGAAGGGACACGCACCUCCCGAGGGUGUGUGUUCCUGCCUGGAUCUCGGCCUGCAGUCUCCAGACCUGGGAGGGAAGAGACCCUGGGGGCCUAAACCCCAGUCUGUGGCCGCAUGUCUCCAAGGCUCCAGGACACUUCCUGCUGGGAGCUGGGAGGCCCUCGCGGGUAUCAGCAGCCACAAGUGUGGAGCCCAGGGCCAUGUGCGCGUGGGGCUGGGGAUCAGGCUAAACCAGGGGGAGGCUGGGAGGAAGCAGUCCGAGCCCCUCUCCUGUCCCUGGAAGUAACUUCAGAGCCAACACCCAGCGGGGCCAUGGGAGCCGAUGGCAGGGCCUGAUUCCGGAGGAGCCACAAGGCCGCACCUCUGCCCAUGAGGCCUCCCACAGUCUGACUUCCCCCAGCAUCACCCAGAAGUCACAUAUGUCCCCAGCACACUUGUGCCCGUACUUCAGAGGACGAGAGCCAGGCAGACCUUGCUGCUGAGAUGAACGACCGUAGCUUAAGCCAGUCCUUCCCAGUGCAUUUGGCCAGAGAAGGGGAAAGACUUGACAGGGUCUUGAGGCCUGCUCUGAAAAGCUUGCAGGCCGUGUGUGCGGUGAGCGCGGCCUGCAGGAUGGAGUGGAGGGCUUGAGGUUCGGGGCAACCUGGGACUGCCACGGUUACAGACCCAGAGACUGGGGAGUAGGGCGGGACCCCUGCUCCUGCCACACAG